CGGCGCGGCUGUCUAGGAAACGGCGGGCCCGGCUGGACUCAAGAGCCGGGCAGGGGGCGGGGGCCGGGGAACUCGGUCGCCGUGGGAGACCGACGGGAGCGCGCCAGCUUCGUGUGGAGGUGACCACAAUACCUAUCAAAGCAGAAAAGAUAGCCAGUUUCCUCUUUACUCUGUAACCUAGGGAAAAAAGCUUCACCACAGGACAGCUCAGGAGUGAUUGGCUUUGGGAGAAGACCUUGAUACUACACCUGUGUUAAUAAGAAGUUGUUGGUUCAGAUUUUAGUUACAAAGUCAUUCUGUUUAAUUCAAGACAGAAUUCUCUUCGUAAAAUAAAAUUAAGAACUUGUAAUCAUAAUAGGCUGUUUUCAACCAAAAACUUUUGACUGAGAAGAAACUAAUUAGAAAUUAAGAUGCCAACAGAUCAUGAAGAGCCUUGUGGUUCCAGUCUCAGGUCAUUUUGCCUGAAUGGGGGGAUUUGUUAUGUGAUACCUACUAUUCGUAGUCCAUUUUGUAGAUGCAUUGAAAAUUAUACAGGAGCUCGUUGUGAAGAGGUUUUUCUCCCAAGCUCCAGCAUCCAAACUAAAAGUGACCUGUUUGCAACUUUUGUGGCAUUGACUAUUCUUCUAGGAACACUUAUCAUUGGAGCCCUGUACAUCCUCUGCAGGAAAGGCCACCUUCAGAGGACCAAUUCAGUCCAGUAUGAUAUCAGCCUGGUAGAGAUGAGCAGUGGCAGUGCCCACCACAGUCAUGGAGAACACUGAAGAAAUAGCAAAGUGAAACAAAUCAUUGCUUCUUUCUUACAAAGGCAUAAAGUGAAACACACUCUAAGACUCACCCAUCUUUGAAAAAUUGAAAAGCACGUCAAGCUAUCUAAAAUUUUCCAUUUCCAAUCAAGAGGAUCUGAAGUCUCCUGUUUCCAUAAAAUUUAAUGUAUGGUGGUGCUAAUCUGGGUUUGACUGUGUGGGCAUAAAGUUACCUGGUAUAAGAUUUUUUUUCUUUAAAACAUCUGCAGAUAAUUUCUAAUGUUUACCUACAUCACUUGGAUGUUUGUUUUAGUGGUAAAACCUGCUACUUGACUUCUUAACUAAUUGGAAAAACUAAUUUGCCAGUGAUCCAGGUAUAAGCAAUGUUGAGAAAAUUAUAGUUAAGUGCCCGACUCAGCCCCACUUUUUAUUUGGAAUAGGUGUGAAUAGCCACUAAUUAUAUCAGGACCUUAAUCACAAGGUUGACCUCCCCCCUCUCUUAGAUUGCUACUGGGUCUGUAAGGGUUUUAGCUGUACUUGGGUAAGGGGAUGUAAAUGUAUUUGAAGCAGUUUACAAAGUAAACAACAGCUGCAGAAAGAUUCUGCAUUGGAAGUAUACAAAGGAAAUCAAUGUUACGUGUAACGACCGCGUGACUUCAAUCUGACAGCACUUGCGAAGGAAGUUCAGUGUGUUGGGACACUGAAGGUCCAUCUGCGCUUGUGCUCAGGUGGAUUUCACAAAUGGCAGUGGCCGUCUUUUCUGGCAAUUUAAUUUAGCUGAAACCAUAACCUUUUAAUGCUUGUUUUCUCCUUAAGACAUGCUUUUCUAGAACUGUGAUGUUACCUCACUUUUUUAAGUCACCUCCUUUUAAUUUUGGUUAAGUGACUACUCUGUUUCCAUGCGACAUCAAAGCCUCUGAGAGGCCGAGCUCUUGCUUUCACCCAUGCCCCCCACCCCCUUUAUUCUGCACCAAAGUUACAACUUUGCCACCAAAUUCGUUGUUCAGAACAAGUCCCAAAGAUUCAGCUAUUAAAAGAAGUCUGUUGUUAACCUUCAGUAUUGCAUGAAAUGGCCCUGUAGCUCUAUCUUUUGUAAAGUGACAAACACUGAGUAUUAACUUGAAAACAAUCCAUUCAAUCUUCAAGCUCAUUUACCCAGACUUUAAAAUACUGGGUAAAUUUUAAAAAAAACUUUAAAAUUCCUCCAUUUAACCAACUCUUACUAAUAUUAGGGUCAAAGAAAAUUUAGAUAAUGUUUUUCUUACGUGUGCUAUGUAAGCAUAUCAAAGGGUUUGAAUUUCACUGAACAAAAGUAAUGAAAUACAAAACAUUUUCUGAGUU